AUGGAGCGCGGCGCCAGCGGUAGUAGUCACCAUCAUCCGCAUGCUGCCGCCGCCUCCACCGCUGCUGCUGGCCACAGUUACAUGACCCACCACGGCGGCUCCGCCACCGCUGCUGACGUCGUCGAGUAUGAGUACAACGCGCCGGGCAAGUCCUCCUUCGACAAUCCCGCUACCAAAAAGAAGCCACCCAAACUGAAAGCCAUCAGUCGUUCGCUCUCAAUGGCCAUCGAUAAUUACGCUCCGCAUGUGGGUAGUGGCGGCGGCGGCGGCACCAACUCACCGCCGACGAUGAUGUUGGACGACUCGCUGAUCGUCGAACAGCCGCUUAUACAUCGGUCCGCAUCGCCACUACCACUGCGCUCCGCACCACCGCAGACGCUUACUAUACCCGCGCAUCAAAUGCAUGGCGGCGACGGCAGCCGAGCCGUCUCGCCUGCACUCUCGGCACGACAACAACACCACCACCAGCAGCAACACAGCCUACACUCGUUUCAAAAUAUGGUGGCGCGUCAGCAGCAGCAACAACAGCAAGCGCAUCACCACACGAGCUCGACAAGCUCGCCUACAUCGCACGCGGUCAGCCCGUUGCCGGUGCGUGUGCCGCUGGCGCACCAACCGGACAUCUACUUGGUCAGCAGCAGCAGUCUGGGUGAGGAUGUGGGCGCGCUAGGUGGGGGCGCUCGAGGCGGCAGCAGUUCGCCCAUACAAUUCAUCGAUGACUAUAUGCUGCCGCCGUCGUCGCAUCGACAUACGGUCAGCGCCACGCACCCGCUUAAAAAGAAUAUGUUUCGUCGCUCUGACACCAUUGACGUUCAUCCGGCUUCCACUUUUCAGAUGAAGAAGACCCACUCGUUUCACGCACAACAAGACUCUGCCGCCACAAUGGAUCAGAUGUUGCUGUCCGCAGCAGCCGCUGGCGCUUCGCAGGGCUCCUCGGCGUCCUCGAGUAGACGCACAAGUUCAGUGCGUGGCAAUUUCUUGAUGCCUGGCCAUCCCGGCGGCGCAGGCAGCAAAGAAUUGAGUCGUUCGCCUUCACCCAGUCGCCGGGGUUGCCGUUCACAUCGCUCCUUCAACGACCCGGGUCGCCGGCCGAGCAUCAAACCGGAGUCGGUAGUCGAGUCGCAAAUACGACAUCCAUCACUGAACGACGAACUAAUGGAGUCAUUGGAGGGCCGUUCGGCGGCGGCGCUCUUUCCAUCCAAGAAUCUCUCCCUGGAAAACGAGCUCUUCGUAGAGUCACGUUCGCGCAGCAACAGCAGCACAAAAAUGGAGGAUGUUGGCAUGGAAGUAGCCGCAGCUCAGCGCGCCGCUGCCAUACUGCUAGCGCGCAAGAGCUCAGGAUCCUUCGAAGACGGCAGCGGCACGGCAGCCAUGGUGCACAGCGGCACUCACCCACCACCGACGGCAUCGAGUAGCCUGAAAAAGCGCGGCGAGCACCCGCACUCGCGUCAACAUAGCUCGCAGAGCCUCGAACUCGAUGGGCGCCCAUCAACCUCCGCUGCAGCGGCGGCAGCAGCGGCCGCAGCACACGGCCACCAGCCACACGCACUGCAGCUGCACAGCGCCGCUGCCGCAGCCACCGCCGCAUACCAUUUCAAACGCGGUGCGCAACACGGCCGCUCUCUCUACCUAUCGCCAAAAAACCUCGAAGAACUGCAGGUGCAUCAGCGUUCCAGCGUUCUAGCCGCUGCGGCGGCAUUCCAGGGCACCAACGCCAGCGCCAGCGUCAAACAGGCAAAGGCGCUACACAGUGCCAGCAUGCGUCUGCGCACGUACCGCGAGACGCUCAGUGCGACCAAGAAGUCAAAGAGUUUCAUCGGCGACAGCGCCUAUCCACCCACCGCAGUGUCAGGCAACGACUUCGAGCUCACAUCACCCCACCGACGCAACAGUCGUCCAUUGUCCAGUGCGGUUGGCGGCACCGUGGACGACAUCAAGCGCAGUCCGCGUCCUCUAGCGCUCACGCCGACCUCCGCUGCGGCAGCCACCGCCUUCAUGGACGAGAAACGUCCUUCCUUCGAACGCAAAUCCUCGCUGACGUACGAACUCGGUGACGCUGCCUUCGAGCAAGUGCUGCGGCCAUUCCAUCACAAGGUGGCGGGGAGAAAAGCCUCCAUGAGUGGUGGUGGUGCACACAAGGCGCUCAAGAAAAAAUCACCCAGCGACGAGACCGACGAAGACGAGGAGGAAGAUCGCAAACGAAAACGAAUGGUGUGCAUUUCUGUAAUAGUGUUCCUCUGCUUGGCAUGCGCCAGCGCACUGAUAGUGAUAAUCAUGCUGCAACACUCCUCCGGCCAGUCGUCACACCAGCACGGACCGAGCAAGAAGAUUUACACGUACACACGGGAGACGCCGGUGCAUUACAACGGUACGAUAUGGGGGCUAAAGUGUGCCAUGUUCGAUAGGGGCGUGGGCCGGAAGAGAGGAAGAUGGGAAGGGGAUGGCCGAGAUGGCAGCAAAGAGAUGGGCAGGUGCCGCAUGUAA